AUGACUAGCCACGCCAGAGUGCACAUCGAGACGGACGAUGACUGGCCCCAGUCACCACGAAAGAGACUACGCUCCGAUUCCAGUGGUGCCCAUGCGCCUAUCCAUAUGUAUGAUCAUGGACACGACCACACCCACGACCACGAUACCGACCGACACAAGAUCAUGACUUCCGCCUCUACAGCCAGAUUGGCUCCGAACGCCGUUGCGCCCUUCCUGGCCAAGCACGUCCCUGCGCAGUACGCUCCCCUUGGUGGCGUCGACCGAGACCAAAAUGCUCUCGAGCAGACACUUGAUCCCAACUCAAAAUUCUGUUACCGACAUCGUCCAGAUAUGCUGUGUCGUAAGCAGGCCGACGAGCCCUCUAUGGAGGCUCUGCAGAAAGAUCUUGAAGCCAUGCCACAAGAGGAUCGCCAGGGAAUAGUCCAGGUGUGGUCACUGUUCUCGGCUGCUCCAGCCAAACACCGGAAGCUUAUGCUACAGGGAAUACUCGCUCAGUGCUGCUUUCCCCAGCUCUCAUUCUUGUCGGCCAAUGUGCGCGAGCUCAUUCGCAUCGACUUCCUCGCCGCUCUCCCAGCGGAGGUUUCGUUUCGCAUUCUGUCCUUCCUCGAUACCACUUCGCUCUGCAAGGCCGCCCAGGUCUCACGCAAAUGGCGCCAGCUAGCCGACGAUGAUGUGGUCUGGCAUCACAUGUGUGAACAACAUAUCGACCGUAAGUGCGUCAAAUGCGGCUGGGGCUUGCCCAUGCUGGACCGCAAGCGUCUCCGAGCGACCAAGCGACAGAUGCAGCUGCGCGCUGCUGGACGUGGUCUUAAUGAGUGGUCACCCGCAAUUACGCCAAUCCCAGAGGAGUCUACUCUUGUGCAGCCACAGCACGAGCAGCUUGGUGCUCCUGCCAUCGAGCAGCAGUCUGAUGGUCGUUCAUCACCUGUCUCUAUUCGAAGUCGUCCUGGUGUUUCCUCGCAUGACAGCGACUACUUCCGGCGUACUCGUCCCUGGAAAGACGUCUACAAAGACCGCUUCAAGGUCGGUACCAAUUGGAAAUACGGUCGCUGCAAUGUAAAGGUCUUGCGGGGGCAUUCAAAUGGUAUCAUGGCUCUGCAGUUCAUCGACAACAUUCUUGCUACUGGCUCCUACGAUGCAACAAUCAAGAUCUGGGAUCUCGAUACAGGCGAAGUGCUCCGCACACUCGAGGGCCACACUUCAGGCAUUCGCUGCCUGCAAUUUGACGACAAUAAGCUCAUAUCUGGCUCAUUAGACAAGACCGUCAAAGUCUGGAAUUGGCGGACUGGCGAAUGCAUUGCCACUCACACUGGUCAUACCGAAGGCGUGAUCUCCCUGCAUUUUGACCAGAAGUUGGUCGCCUCUGGUUCUGCCGACAACACAGUUCGUAUCUGGAACUUCAAGGAGAAAACCACCUCCGUCCUUCGCGGGCAUACGGACUGGGUCAACAGCGUUCGCAUCGAUUCCGCAUCCCGGACUCUCUUUACCGCAUCCGAUGACUGCACAAUCAAUCUCUGGGAUCUAGAUACCGGCCGAGUCGUUCGCACCUACGAAGGGCACGUCGGUCAUGUCCAACAAGUGAUUCCACUUCCACCCGAAUUUGAAGCCGACGACCCUAUUGACGAUCAUCUCUCAACUAGCAGUCGCUCUUUUAGUGAGGCUGACGAAGGCACUGAGCUGAGAAGAACCGCGUCUGUUGAAUCCUCCGUUGAGAGCAAGCUCUUCCCAUGUCAGCCAGAUCGCCCAUUACCACCACGCUAUAUCCUUACAUCUGCCUUAGACAACACAAUCCGUCUAUGGGAGACAGCCACCGGCCGCUGCGUACGAACAUACUUCGGCCAUGUGGAAGGUGUUUGGACCAUCGCCGCCGAUACACUGAGAAUAGUCUCGGGCAGUCACGACCGCACUGUCAAGGUAUGGGAUCCACGCAGUGGAAAGAGCGAAAAGACAUUCGCAGGCCACGCCGGACCCGUGACAUGUAUCGGAUUAAGUGACGGGAGGAUGUGCUCUGGUGGAGAAGACGGCGAAGUGAGAGUCUAUGACUUUGCUUCUUGA